GGAACCGUACCAAUGUACCUCCAUACCAUUUCUACAGUUGCUUGCUACAUACAAAUCCGACCUCACCGUCUUACACCGAAGUCGGUGAAGAACCGUUCUCCCUUGCUUGGGUGUCAGGAAGCGUGCGUGCCGGUGGUUGCUCCACCUACGUGUGUAUUGUAUCUGGAUGCCAUGGAACCUAUAUAAAUCCAUUGCCGGUCGGAGCUAGUUCCCCAUGACCUGUCAUCACACAUACGCAUUUUCUACGACUUUGACUUCAUAGAGAUUCUUUUCUCGCUUCGAACAAAAGUUCAUCUGAAGCUGUUUUCAUCGACACCUUCUCCGCACCACCUUGGAGAGAUAAGUUUCUGCUGCACCAUAGCUCAGGUAGCAUUUGCCACCAAGCUUGCCUCCAGUCCCGGAUCCGAAGAUCAAGCCCGAAUCUCCGUUGUUUCGAGACAUCUAUCUCAGAUCAGCUCUACACAGCGAACAAAGCAUAACCUGAAUUGCCGUUCUGGAGUCGCUAUUGAAGAGCCCCGAAAAUAGUACCGGUCCUCCCGCAGUCACCUAAAUUUGGAACAAGCGAAACGUGCCUUUCCUGAACAAACAGCAUUGCCAUACACUGCCCAAAGGUCCAUCCCGUGCUCUUGGACUACGGAGUUUUCCUGCCGCGAGAUCUGCACUUCACAUACCUAACUAUUCUAUCUUUGCCUGCACUCUUACUCCCGGUUCCACUGUUCUCUCAAUCCAGGCCCCCCGCUGCUACCCUCCUUGAACAAGCACUAGAAGCCCCCAGAGCCGCCAGACGAGAGCAGAUCCCUUGGUUCUAGCCUUAGCUGAAGUCAUCUGCACCGUACCUUAUCGCUUACAGUCCAAGGACUUUGCAACACCAUACCACACCACACCCAUUCGUUCGCCUUCCUCACGGACAUACCGCCACACUAAAUUCUGCACCUAGUCUACCUUACCUUUCUACCUGGCAAGCAAAGUAAAAGCUUUCCCAGCGACCCUACCAUACAAUUUCUGCGACAAGGAAAAAAAAAAAAAAGGUUUCGUGCCCAGGUCUAGAGUUUUCUCUGCAUUGCUCUCACUGCUUGCACUCCCUCCACCUCCGCAACACACUUCACACUCUAUCUGUGAUUUACUUUCGGACCCACAACCAUUCGACUAUAUAUCGAGAGAAUCCCUUCAUCUAUUCAACUCUUCUUUUACAAUCUUCAUCUUCCGCUCUAUACCCCUCUCUCGCUCGAGCACUUGUGUCUGAACCAAAGACCAAGACCUUCUAAUAUAUAAUCACUUCUUCUCCCGCUAUCACUCCCGUUCUUGUAUACCCAUAUCCUACCUAUUCUCAACCACCAACCUUCACAACCUUCACAAUGGCAUUUUGCUCCAUUUCUCGCAACAUCCUCCGCGCCACUCGUGCCCCUGCCGUUGCUAUCCCCAAGAACUCGCGAUGCUUCUCGGCCACCCCUGUGCAACGUGUCAUUGACACCAACUUGAAGAAGAACGUUGUCCGGGAGAAGGAGGUUCCUGUCACAGUCUACAGUGCUGGCCAAGGCACUGGUGACAAGCACACAGUCAACGUCCCCGAGGCGGCUGCUCGAGUCCCCAGCGAGCCUCGUGCUCCUUCUCACGAGAGCGACAUCGUUCAGCCGCUCACCCGCAAGACCUUUGAGCAGCUCCCCCACACCAUGCGCAACAUGAGUGUCUAUGGCAAGACCAUCAUCCUCACUGGCGCUGCCCGUGGUCUUGGAAACCAUAUGGCUCGUGCUUGUGCUGAGGCUGGUGCCAAGAACAUUGUUCUCUUUGACGCCAACCAGGAGCUUGGUGACGAAGCCGCAGCUGAGCUUCACGACAAGACUGGCCUACCUGUCUCCUUCUUCAAGGUCGAUGUUCGUGACGGUGCUGCCAUCAACGCUGCCGUCGACGAGGUUGUCGAGCGCUAUGGUGCUCCUGAUGUUCUCAUCAACUCUGCCGGCAUCGCCGACUCCAACAUCAAGGCUGAGACUUACGACCCUGCCAUGUUCCGUCGCCUUAUCGACAUCAACCUUACCGGCUCUUUCCUCAUGUCUCAAGCCGUUGGACGUGCCAUGAUGUCCGCUGGAAAGCCUGGCAGCAUCAUUCUCGUCGCCUCCAUGUCUGGCUCCAUCGUCAACUUCCCCCAGGAGCAGAGCUGCUACAAUGCCUCCAAGGCGGGUGUCAUUCAACUCGGCAAGUCCCUUGCGGCUGAAUGGGCCAAGUACGACAUCCGGGUCAACUGCAUCUCUCCCGGUUACAUGGACACUGCCCUCAACCGAGUCCCUGCGCUUGACGCCCAGAAGAAGAUCUGGAAGUCCCUGACACCCCAAAACCGACUGGGUAACGUUGACGAGCUCAACGGCCUCUGCAUCUACCUCGCCUCAGACUCUUCCAAGUUCAUGACUGGUUCCAACUGCAUCAUCGACGGUGGCUACACAUGCUACUAAGCGAGCGGCGCCCUAUUUUGACGGUUAGCGAAGAAUGGUUCCUACGAAUGGCUGGAUCGGGAAGGCCCUGAAAGAGGAUUUGAUUUUCUUUGUUUGGAGUUCCGGAAACAAUUGGUGACCUAUUUUUUGAGCAAGGACCAAGGACGAAAAGAGACGUAUGAUGAUAAAACUAAGAUCAGCUCUGGAUACCAUAGAGCAGGAUGAAUCUGCCGUAUUAGACACGGAGCGAGGCGAUCCAGACAGAGGAUCUAGAUUUAAUAGCCAAUGGCAUAUAAUGAAUCCAAUAAAAAGAACCACUUGUCUUUUUGGUGAUUGUAUAAACGAA